UCGGCGGAAGCUCAGGUGAGCAGCGGCAGCGUCUCGAGCUUAGACAGACAAAAACAGAAGAGCUCGCGCCAUGUCCGCGCGGCGGUGGUGUUGUUGGCUGACCUUCGCGUGCCUGGCGCAGGUGUGGAUCUGCGCGCGCGCCUCGAGCUUCUGCACGGCUUACCUGAACGUGCAAGUGAACCACAGCGCGAGCGCGCUGCCCGGGAACCUCACUACGUGGCGGCGCGAGGUGGGGCUCUUCGGGCGCGAGUCCCCGCGUUAUGGGCUGAAGGCCCGCGUGCUACUGGCCGAGCCGGUGCACGCCUGCAGCCCGGACACGCGCUUCCGUGGCGCGCGCAGGGAGACCGGCUGGAUCGCGCUGAUGAAGCGAGGAAGCGGCUGCACGUUCACCGAGAAGAUCAACCGCGCGGCGGACCGAGGAGCCGCGGUGGCGCUGAUCUACAACGAGGACGGCACUGAGAACAGCGUCAUACAGAUGGCGCAUCCGGGUACCACUAUCGUGGCAGUGAUGAUGGGUAAUGUGGGCGGGACCACGCUGGCUGAGCUGCUGCAUAUGGGCGUGCCUGUUACCAUGGAGAUAGAGGUAGGGCGGGUGUUCGAGCCACUGAUGAGUCACUACUCCAUCUUCCUCAUCUCCGUCUCCUUCAUCAUCAUCACCACGGCAACCGUCGCAUACUUCAUCUACUACACCGCUCGGAGACUCUACAGAGCCAGACUGCAGAACCGCAAACAGAAUCAGCUGAAAGCAAAGGCCAAGAAGGCGAUGAGUCAACUGCAGAUCCGAACCCUGAAACACGGAGACAAGGAGUGUGUAGGUCCUGAUGCUGACUCCUGUGCAGUGUGUAUUGACGUGUAUAAACCUGGAGACGUUCUCUCAGUUCUGACCUGCAGUCAUUUCUUCCAUAAGGUGUGUGUGGAGCCAUGGUUGUUGGAGCACAGAACCUGCCCAAUGUGUAAGAGUGACGUCCUGAAGGCUCUCGGAGUCGAGGUUGAUGAGGAGACUCCUCCUGAUUUAAGCUCCAGCAGCUCUGAUGAGUCUCUCACACACAGCGACAGCGUCUCACACACACAUAUCAGCAGUGUGUCUCACACACUCAGCGACGCAGCGUCUUCAGGAUACGAGUCUAUGUGUGUCUCAGACACACACACUGGGUUGGAGGUGGUUUGCGUGGAGACACAGCCGCACUAUGACAACCCUGCCUAUGAGAGAGACCCUGCCUUUGGGAGAGACCCCACCUUGUAGAGAGAGACCCCACACUUGAGAGAGAGACCCCACUUUCUAGAGAGACCUCACAUUUAAGACUCCCCUGUCUUGAGAGACUGUCUUUGACAGACCCUGCCUUCAAGAGAGAGACCCACCUUCUAGAGAGACCUCACAUUUAAGACUCCCCUGUCUAGAGAGACUGUCUUUGACAGACCCCGCCUCCUGGAGAGAGAGAGACCCCCUCUUCCUGGAGAGAGAGAGACCCCCUCUUCCUGGAGAGAGAGAGACCCCCUCUUCCUGGAGAGAGAGAGACCCCCUCUUCCUGGAGAGAGAGAGACCCCC